CAGUGUAAACUGGUGGUGUGCAGAGCCUACGACUACUCUUCCCGUUGCUACAGAGGCUGUAUUGUGAGGUCCAAGAGAGACGUGGGCUCCUACCAGGAAAAAGUGGAUGUCGUUUUGGGACCCAUCCAGCAGCGCAACCCCCCUGAAGGGAAGAAGAGCCCGGGUAGGUGGCCAUCCUCGGAUGACCCUACAGCCCACUGAAGCCCAGGCCCAUGACACACAUGGAAUUCAGAUGCUUCUAUUGGUGUUAUGUUACAACCCAAAUGUGCCAGCAAACUGUGCUAUACUUGGGCAGAGAGUUUGACCCAGAAAGCAUACAGACCUGAUGCUUUAUCCUCUGGGUCCUGAACUCCCGGAACACAUGCUUCUCAUGCUUAAAAUGAAAUUUCUAAUAAUUACCGGUUAUAACUGUUGAGAGAGUUAAAUAAAGUAGUAUUAAACAGCCUUG